AUGAAGCGUCCGAACAAAUCCCUUCUACUGGCAGUUUGUGCAGCUUGCAUUGGAGGAACCUUUCAAUAUGGUUAUAAUAUUUCAAUCAUCAAUGCCCCCACCAAGUCUGUGCAGAAUUUCAUCAACCAAACCUGGCUGGAGCGCUAUGAUGAGGACAUUUCAGAGCAUUACCUCACUCUCCUGUGGUCCAACAUUGUGUCCAUUUUCACAAUAGGAGGAUUUAUUGGAGCAACUAUAGGUGGAACACUGGCCAUUAGAUAUGGGAGGAAGGGGACACUAAUGAUGAACAACGCAUUAGCCUUACUGGCUGCUCUGUUGAUGGGCCUGAGCUACCCCACUGGAUUAUUUGAACUGCUCAUCGUUGGACGAUUUUUCACAGGAGUAAAUGCGGGUAUCGGCAUAUGCGUUCAGCCACUGUAUCUGGGGGAAAUCGCCCCAAGGGCACUUCGUGGUGCCAUGGCAAUGGGGACUUCUAUUUUCAUCACCGGGGGCAUCCUUACUGGACAGGUGAUUGGGCUUAAUGAGCUCCUCGGUAAAGAAGAACACUGGCCCAUCCUGCUCUGCACCACCUGUAUCCCAGCGUUCCUGCAGCUCCUCAUACUGCCCUGGUUCCCAGAGAGCCCUCGCUACCUGUUGAUCGACAGAGGGGAUGACGUUGGAUGUAGAAAAGCGAUGAAGCAACUCCACGGCACUGAUAACUUUGAUCGCGAGCGGGAGGACAUGGAGAGGGAGAGGGUCAGCGCCAUUGGCAUUAAACCCAAGAAGCCCUGGCAGCUGUUCAUGGACCGCAGCCUCCGCUGGCAAGUCCUCACCAUCAUCCUGCUCAACGCUGCCCAGCAGCUCAACGGCAUCAACGCUAUAUAUUUCUAUACAGAUUAUGUGUUUGAGCAGGCCGGAAUUCCAGAUGUCAACAUACCCUACGUAACUGUGGGCACAGGAGCCUGUGAAUGCCUCACUGCCCUUACCUGUGGCAUGCUGAUCGAAACUCUGGGACGAAAAGUGCUUAUCAUCGGAGGGUACACCCUAAUGGCUUUCUGGUGCAUUUGCUUCACUCUGACCCUCACCUUCCAAGGAGCAGGCCUAUGGAUGCCAUAUCUUAGCAUGGGAUGCAUCUUUGCUUUCAUACUCAGCUUUGGCUUGGGACCAGGUGGGGUGACAAACAUCUUGACCACUGAGUUAUUCACCCAAACCAGUCGGCCUGCUGCGUACAUGAUUGGAGGGUCCGUGAACUGGCUCAGCUUCUUCGUCAUUGGCAUGGUGUUUCCAUUUAUUGUGACUAAGUUGCAGCAGUACUGUUUCCUGGUGUUCUUGGUGAUUUCUGUCUUGGUGGCUGUAUACAUAUUCCUGGUAGUCCCUGAGACCAAAAACAAAACCUUCCUGGAGAUCCAUACCGAGUUCCAGUCCGGAGACAAGAGGAAGGCUUCAAAAGCAGAUGACGGCCCAAGGACAACAUUGUUGUCAACCCCUCUGUGAAACACAGCUCCAGUGUUUGCUGAAAGGACUUGUCAAACCUGUACCACAUUACGUAUUAUUCAACAACUGGCAGUGCUAUGAAUAUCUCAUUGUCAUAUUGAUACAAAGUUCCAGAAUGUGUGUUCUUUGUCAGGGAUUGUGAAGUGUAGACAUUAUAGUAAUUGGGACACAGGAAACAACUAAAUGAACUAGGUACUGUUAAAGGGAUACUCUGGGAUGUUGGCAAUGAGGCCGUUUAUCUACUUCCCCAGAGUCAGAUGAACUCGGAGAUACCAUUUUUAUGUGUCU